AUGCAGUAUAUUGAGGAUACUAACUACUUCUCCUCUCUAUCACCAUUUCAAAUUCGUUAUAUAAUAAAUAAUGAUGAAAUAACUAAUAAUCAGGUGGAAGAUUUUUCUAAUCAGUUAUUAGAUGAUAAAUAUCCAAAUACUAAUUUAACUUCUCAAGUUCCAAUUAAAAAGUUUAAUUCAAAUUUGAGGGAAAGAAAUUUAAACAAGCCAGAAAUCACUACAAAUACCUUUGAGAAUCAAAAUAUUUAUGAUUGUGAACAACAAUUAAUAACCGAAAAUCACAACAAUAAUCCAAAGUUUUUGAAUAGAAAUAUUUCUUGUUCAGAAAAUAUGUCAGAUGGACGUAAGUGUCGUAAGCGACCCUUUCAUGUGUCAUCAAUAAAAGCAAGAAAAAUGACAAUGACCAUGGACGAGUUACAGAAAUGUUUGGAAAAAAAAUUAGAAGAAAGAUUACUUUGUAAAGUACCUGUAAAAUUGGUUGAUAGAACGCAUGCUAAAUGUGGUCUCUGUGAAUCUAUAAUAUCGUUAAACAAAAAAUUUGAAACCAUUCAUGUUAUAAGACAUUUUCUUGCAUGGCAUAAAACAGAACAUGUUUGUACAAGAACUUGGCCUGGAUUAAAAGGAUUUUUAAAAGACAAGUCAAGUACACAAAACAACAAUUUACCUCAAGAAUUACUUUUCUUCUCUGAAUCUUGUUUUUCAUUUGUUUUAGACAACUUCAACGAAACUAUUGGUGAAGGAGUCAAUUCAAAUAAAAGUAGUAAUAUAUCACCUUAUAGUCUUAAAGAAUACCUUUUUAGUAUUAGAUGCGGAUUAUGUGGGACAAUUAUGGAGAAUUGCGACGUAUUUACACAUUUUCAUUUAUUCCAUUUAAAUGUUAUAAAUAUUCCUGAAUGUAAUUUUUGUACUCAGGAAGUUCUUCUAAAUGCAAAGUUGGAUUUUAUGUAUAAGGUUAAUUUCCAAAUCUCAAUUAUUAAUGAAGGAUGUUUUAAAUCUAUUACAACUAAUGAAGUUUUUAGUGGACUCGAUGAAUUAUAUAAAAACCUUUGUCAAUUUAGUCGUAAUAAUUCUCAAAACAUUUGCAAUAGCUUUCCUUAUGUAAAAAAAACUUUGGAAGGAGGUAAAGUUAAUAACAAAUUGGGAUUUGAAUAUUCCAGUAACAUAAAAAAUUCGGAAAAAAGCUUAAAACCAAAAAGAACAUUUGUUCAUCCAAAGUACAGACAAGCAGUUCCACAGAAUUCUCCUUUUGUUGAAGAGAUUGAAACUAAUCAUUGGAGAUGUAAGCUUUGUGGUGAAAGCAUCGUUGGGGCUGUUAUUUCAUCAGCUGCAACCAAGCAUUUUAGAAGUAAUCACUUCGAAAACACUUUUUACUUUGAUGAGAAGACAUUAAAAAAUAAAUAUAAUCCAAUGUCGCUUUUUUAUCAAUUUUGUAUGGAACUGUGCAAUGCUCGACUUAGCAGAUGUUCUGAAGGUACAGUUAGAAUGCUUGAUGAAAAGACAAUUGUUUGUGGACAUUGUAAUGGAUAUGUUAUGAGUCUUCACAAAGAUUUUAAUAUAUGCCGAGGUAUAAGACAUUUGAAAUCAAAACAUCCGGAAUUGAUGCCAGAACAUAAAGAAAUUUUUUUUAAAGAAGAAGUCAUAGAGGAUAAGAUUGAAAAAGAUGAAAAUAAUUUAGUUAAACGAGAAUGUGUUACUACUUUAAAAUAUCCCGAAAGUAUUGAAUUUCCAUACAGUACAGAAGAACCAACAAAUUCAGUUACGUAUGUUUGUGAAAAAGUUAUUGAAGAUAAUGUUGAACACACUAACGUUUGGAACAAAACUACACUACCUAACUUUCCAACUGAUUUAUCAUUACAAAAUAAUAGUUCUGAACAAUUUUACUUGGAAAAUAUUGGCAAUCAUUCAUCUUCUUCGUACCAACCAUCUGGAGAAAUUUUACCAUUAACACAAAUUCAAAUUGAAGAUGGUUAUGAAGAUUUCUUUACUAAAAUGCCAUAUAAAGCUUAUCAAUUUCCAAUAGAGAAAGUAGACACAAUCUUAAAGAUUCGUGAUAUAGAUGGAAGAGAAUGCUACAUUUUAAUGACGGAGAAUGAUAAUUUUGACCAUGAUGUUGCAUCAAAAAUUUUUUAUAAGAACUAUACCCAGGUAUAA